UCUCCAACAACAACAACUUGUGCAUGAUUCCAAGUUGGCACAGUUUUAAUUUUUGAUUGUUGUUAUAAUUGUAUAUCUAGCUCCUUAACUUUGUGAUGUGUUAAAAUAAAAUCGUCAGUUUUUUGAUGUCGGGAUCAAUGAAUGAUUGGUUUUAACUUUGAGAAAACGAGAUGGCCGGAUCAGCUCUUAAGCGUUUGAUGGCAGAGUACAAACAGUUAACACUGAACCCACCAGAAGGCAUCAUUGCUGGCCCAAUUGACGAAGAAAACUUUUUUCAGUGGGAAGCAUUGAUUACUGGUCCAGAAGACACAUGUUUUGAAGGUGGUGUCUUUCCGGCGCAACUAACCUUUCCUCAUGACUAUCCUCUCAGCCCUCCCAAGAUGAAGUUCAACUGUGAAAUGUUCCAUCCAAACAUUUAUCCUGAUGGAAGAGUGUGUAUAUCUAUCCUGCAUGCCCCUGGCGAUGAUCCCAUGGGAUACGAGUCGAGUGCAGAACGAUGGAGUCCUGUACAGAGCGUGGAAAAGAUCCUUCUCUCAGUAGUCAGCAUGCUAGCCGAACCUAAUGACGAAAGUGCUGCCAACGUUGAUGCGGCCAAGGUCUGGCGUGAAGAUCGCGACGGUUUCAAUAAACUCGCCGAAAAGCUCGUUCGCAAGUCUCUUGGACUUCCGCAGUGAUCAAAUGUAGUGGGUGUGACCGAUCCAUUUUUUUAUAAUCUGUCAAGUGAAACUUGUGAUGAAAUGCAGAGUGUAUCGAUAGUAUAGUAAAAUAAUAGUAGUGUGUAUCGUAUAUUUGGCGUGAAAUCGUGCAGUGGAAUAUUAGGUGGACCGAAAUGUGGUAAUCAUUUAUAUUGUGGAGGACACAAGCUAUCACCAUGUUCUUAGAAAAACGCAAAGUACAUGGAGCGAAGUAGAGAAGAGGCAUUGGCAAGUAAUGGAAGUGUGUUUAAGGUAAUUUAUAAGUGUAGAUAUGUAAGUGCAUGUACAUUUCCAUUGCUCUGUCUAUUGUAUUGCGUUAUAAAGUUUCAAACAAAUGUCAGAUAGCCACUGCAAAAUGAGUUAUAGUAGUGUUUUCUAAUGGCCUGCUGCAUGCAAUAUAUCUAUGCUGUACUAGUUUAGUUUGUGUAUUCAUAUCCGCAGCAGGUCACUCCGUAAAGAACUUGUGUUCAAGCAAAAGAGUGUAUUUUCUUGUUAAUAAUGCUGAUCAUUAUAUACUGCCGAUUACUUGCUUGCUUCCGCUAAGUUCUUUUUCGUUGCUGGAGGAACACGAGGCUCCCUACCAUCUCUCCAAGGUUGCUACUCAUGGUCAUUCUUUUUUGCUGACUUUGUGAGCUAUAAAUAGGAGGAUGUGCUUGAACUCUGCUACUAGAUGCCUGCGCCAGAAUGUGUGGUCUAACCCUUAUCUAAUCCUGUGGCUUCCUUGCCAAGGCAUGUUCGGCAAUCUUUUCUAGACCAUUGCGCUUUGGCGUUAGUUUUCCUGAUGGUCUGCAUGAUUUCCAUCCUUCAUGAUCUGUCCUAGUUAAUGUUUGGUUCUGGUACGUAUACUAUUGCAGACAAGUUCUUCACUUGAGUGCUCGUGAGGAGAUUCUCUCCAUCUCUCAAUUUAUUUGGCUAGUUUGAUCAGCACUAUCUCUAUCAUUCCCCUUUACCGGCUAGCUUGUGUUGAUCUCCCUUCCUGGUAAUUGUCCUGCGAUUGUGAAAUGAGUUAUUGCUCCUAGAAGGCCGCGAUGCAGUGUUUCUGGUCUUUGUUUGCUCACACAGAAGCUUGCCAUGGAAAAAAUAUCCCCCUAUAUACAUGCAUGCACGCACGCACGUGCAGGCGUAUCUAUAUUAUAUAUAUAUACCGCAAAAAAUCUCCUUAUAUAAUAAUAUAUACAUAUAUGAUUUUUGUGUGACAAACUCCUGUGCUUGCCCAAGCUCUUGCUAGGUUGGUAUUCUCUCUCAUCAUCAAUCAGUGCAGUGGCGGAUACAAGAGGCGCCCCCGCUUAUUUUUUGUUUCCCCCCCCCCAUUUGGUACGCGAAGCGUGCGCACCGGCACUAUCACACCGCACCCCUUAAAAUGAAAUCCUGGCUACACGGUUGCGCCCCCCUAUCUCAAAAUACUGGAUCCGCCACUGAAUCAGUGGUUUGUGAAAACCAGCUUUGAAAUGAUUUUUCGUGUCUUGAAGUGAAAAUUCAUCAUCACAUCAGGAGUAAGAUAAUAUAGGAUAUCCUAUAUUAUCUUACUCCUGAUCACAUGGUACUACCAUUGUAUUUUGGACUACACCGAGGUGCCACAGUCAAGAUCAGCUAGCUUGUAAUAUCUGUUGGAUAAAACACGGAAAAUUCACUGUGGUCUCUAUUCCUUGUUUUCUGUUGUCGUGUGGUAAAUGAUUUCAAGUUUAAAAAAAGCUGCUAUUCAAGGUUGGAAAGCUGUUAGUUGUCUAAGAGGUACCAUUGAGCGCCAUCUAGUGAACGACGUAUGUGACGAUGUGUUACUUGAAAAUGUACAUGAUGUAUUUACAAUAAAAAUUUGGUUAUGAUGCCAUGAACGAAUUUUCACUGUUAACAGCAGCAUAACAAGAACUUUUACUGUUGGUGACAUUAAAUGAAUAAAGUUGAUCAAAAUGUA